AUGACUGAUCCGGACGUCGCGGCAGCAACAUCAUCGGUUUCGGUGAAGUUGCCCGAGUUUUGGAAAACCGAUCCACAUAUGUGGUUUGCCCAGGCUGAAGCCCAAUUUAGCCUGGCGCAAGUCACCAAAGAUGAGACCAAAUUUUGGCAUAUUAUCGCUAAAAUUGAUCAAAGCGUCAUCUGUCAUGUAGCGGAUCUUGUUUCUACCCCGCCGGCAGACAGUAAAUACAAAGCAAUUAAGGACCGACUGAUUGCCCGCUUUGCAUUAUCUCCGCAAGCUCGGUUGGAGCAGCUUCUCAGUUCGUGCGAUCUAGGAGAUUUUCGUCCGACUCAUCUCCUUGCCCGGAUGAGUGAAAUCGCAACUGGCCUGAAUGUCGACGACAACCUAAUGAAAAUGCUCUUCUUGCAACGAAUGCCCGCCAACAUCAGGACCGUUUUGGCAAUCAGCGAUGGAAGUUUGGCAAAGCUUGCCGAAAUGGCCGACAAAAUGAUUGACUCCUCCAACAGCUGCGUUUCGGCGGUUUCCGUUUCGACCGUCGACCGAAUAUGCAUCAUUGAGGAAGGAAAUAGAGGUGCUCACAACUGA